UCCGGAGCACUGUGCCAGUCUGAGGAGUACUGGUCAGACGCCAUGGAGGUGGUGCUGGUCUUUCUGUGUGGCCUGCUGGCCCCCGUGGUCCUGGCCAGUGCAACUGAAAAGGAGGAAGAAAUGGACCCUUUUCACUAUGACUACCAGACCCUGAGGAUUGGGGGAUUGGUGUUUGCUGUGGUCCUCUUCUCGGUUGGCAUCCUCCUUAUCCUAAGUCGCAGGUGCAAGUGCAGCUUCAAUCAGAAGCCCCGGGCUCCAGGGGACGAAGAAGCCCAGGGGGAGAACCUCAUCACCGCAAAUGCAACGGAGCCCCAGAAGGCAGAGAACUGAAGUGCAGCCCUCAGGUGGGAAGCCUCCGGAACCCGAAGGCAGCUGCUUGAACUUUUAGAUGCAAAUGUUGAUGCUUAAGAAAACCGGCCACUUCAGCAAACAGAUCUUUCCCCAGGAGAAGCCAAGAACGUGUGUGUCGCCCUGCACCCGUCCCCAUCCCCUCUAACUCAGUUCCUCGACUUAAAGAUGCAAUUACACUUGCCUCCCCCACCUGCAGCCUGCAGUCUCGUCCCUUCCUGUGAUGUGUCCGUGUGUCCAUGUGCAUUUGCUGACUGUGGUCUUUGUGGCUACUUGUUCGUGGGUGAUGCUGUGUUAGUGAACUGUGGACUCACUUUCCUGGGCAGGAGCUGAGCCAUGUUGCCAUCAGCUCCUCCCUGCCCGCCCCCCAUGCCCUCCAUCGCCUCCCGCUCCUCCUCGAAGUCUGCUUUUUCCCUGAGAGACCAGUCCCUUCUCUUGAUGUAGGGGUGGGUGUAGGGUAGGAGCACGGGCAGGACCUGGGAAGGUUUGCAUCAUCCCCUUCCUUGUCAUUCCUCAUGGGCUGUCUCUUCUUUCACAAGAACCUCGCUUCCAUAUUCCAUGCUGACCCGAGUCUGCUCUGAAGGUCUCUUAGCAGUUGGAGUUUCGAAGCAAGGUGCUGGCAAGCCAGUUUCGCCUUCAGGCAGGCUACAUCCUGUCAUGGUCAUUUUCCUCUUGGGGCAUCUGCCGUGGAGUCCCCAUAUGGCCUGCCCCUUCACAGAGCACCCACGGAUUCCAGGCCCAGGGCUUCUAGUCUGCCCCUGGGGAAUGUGCCCCUUGCAUAUCUUCUCAGCAAUAACCCCAUGGGCUCUGGAACACUACCCCCCUCCAGCCUUCCCUGCUCUUGAGACCUCUACAGCCCAGCUUGUCCGGACUCAGUCUCCCAUCCCUGAAGCGGGGUCUCUGGCAGGCAAUGGCUGAUGGUUCCCAUUGUGUUGGGGCCAGCACGCUGGGAUAGGCAGCGGGUGGGUGGCGGGGGGUGUCUUUGCUUCUCUAUCCACAUCCCACUGGUCAGGCAGCAACACCUUCUACAUCCUUUGCUGUGCCUGUCAGUGGUCAGAAUGGUGACCGUGCUGCAGGUUAGAAACCCAGCAGGCUCCAUGCAGCCCUGCUGCAGAGGGAACAACAAGAGGUUGAAGGUCAUAAAGAGAGUGGGAACUCAAGCCAGAUCCCGCCCCUCCUGUCCCUUGUGUUCCCGUGGAAACUAGCCAAACCGUGCCGCUGUGACCAGGACCGCUGUUCUCUGUAUUGUGAUCUAUCCUCUCAACAGAAAAAAGGAAUAAAAUAUCAUUUGUUUCCUAGUG